CGUCAAUUGGAUGUGGAUCUUAUAAACCCCAAGGUCCCAACACCUCCUCAGCAUUGUCAAUAAACAAUAACGAAAGCUACACAAUCAAUCCCAAAGCCAUCAACCAACCUACGCUGCGGAAUCAUUUCAAUCGUCGCCCCAUAUACCCCACCACCAAACCACCCAAAAUGCCAGCCCCCUCCAAAGUCGCCCCAACCGGCAAAGUAACCACCUACACCGGCCCCAAGACCUUCUCGCACCGCCUCGUCGGCGGCCUCGUCCUCUUCUACUUCAUCUCCUACGCCGCCAAGGGCUACAUCGUCCCCGGCAGCGCUAUUUACGAAGCGCUGCAGAAAUCCUGGCCUGGGGGGGCAGCCCACUACUUGUGGCUGCAGGAGAAGAUUUUUGUUCCCGUUAUUGCGAUUCAUGGGGUUGAGACGGCGAUUAUGGCGUAUAGACUUGCGGGUGCGGGAGUUGGGGCGGGGAGUGGACUGUGGUGGAAGUGGAUUGCGAGUUGUUGGAUUGAGGGGGUGGGGAGCCAUCAGAGGCUUUCGGCGUUGAUUAAGGGGGAGUAG